GUAUCAAGAAACUUCGAAUACUAGUGCCAAUACUACCCAAGUUACUAUUACCGGUAGACUUCCGCAUCAAUAUCCCACUGUAGUGCCUGACGUCAACAACCGACCCCCUAUGGUUUUUAUAGUAGAGGGGAAGAAGGAUGUUUCUAAAAUCCACCCAGAGAUGAACAGAUGUCGUAAGCAUUCCGAACAAAGCAUAUCUAUUACCUAUUUGUAUUGCCAAGAAAAACAGUGAAAUGGCGACAUCAGCACGUUACUUCAACAAUCCGACAACACCAUUGAAGAAAGUUGAUGCUCACAGUGAGCUCAUUGCCAGCCUCAGAAGAAUCGUUAAGUUGCACCCACCUAUUCAUACUUGCUCAACAAGCUGGUCUUUUAGCGGUCUCUAUUCUGGCCCCACGUCAAUUGCAUUCUUAUUCUAUAGAUUAUCUGGUGUUUAUCCGAAUUUCGAAUAUGAACAUCAGUCUCUCCUCGAAUGGGCUGAAGCUUACCUUCAGCUCGGAGCACGAACACAAAAACGGACACCUACGCCAGGUCACUGUGGCGUUGGCAAUGAGACGUUGGCUCAUCUUGCCUUGAAAUCGAUACUUUCAGAAGAUGCCACUCUCGUAAGAGAGUUGUGUUCGUACGCGGAAGCAAUCAACUCGUCAACAGAAGAUGGAUCCAAUGAAUGGCUUUAUGGUCGUGCUGGGUACCUAUAUCUCAUGAGGCUUUGUCAUGAAGUCUUCUCCGAGGUACAUCACCCCGGGACUGCAGCACUCUUGCAGCGGACAAUUGAAAGCACUGCCAACCGAAUACUUAAAACCCCCCCACCGUGGGUUUGGCAUGGAAAACACUACAUAGGCGCAGCUCAUGGAUCGAUUAGUAUUAUCACACAAGUUGUUUUAUCAAUACCGUCUAUGGCUCGUCAGCUUCAACCGCUGCUAGUGGAAUUGCUAGAUUCCCAAUUUCCAAGCGGAAAUUUUCCUUCAUCGCUCCCAGCUGGCUCGGACCGACUUGUACAAUUCUGCCAUGGUGGGCCAGGAAUUGUGAUAUCGCUGCGCACGCUUUUGCCUUUCUUCCCUGAAGUGUCGGAGAGAAUCGACCGGGCAAUCAGGGCUGCUCAAGUCAAUAUUUGGGAGAAAGGCUUGCUCACUAAGGAACCUUGCAUAUGUCACGGGAUUGCUGGAAAUUCUCUCGCACUUGACAAAGAUGAUCAAUAUCUUCAUUUCCUCUCUUUCAUGGAUAGCGAGAGGAUCCAGAGGCUGUUGCAAGACUCGUCCCGUGACAAUAGUACGGUAGGUCUAUACACAGGCGAAUCUGGGCGCGCUUGGUGUUGGGCUGUCGCACAUAAGGGUCUUCCAAGGACUUGUAUAGGAUAUAACGAUAUAUAGUUUUCUUUUUUCCUAUGUUUCUCCCCCCUUGAGCGGAUAGACGCUAAUCCUGUCCACACCUGGCCUCUAAUGGGGUAGCAAAAUCUCGAAUUCCCGUACGAAGGACCUGAUAGCAGGCUAUAUCGCUCAGUAAGCUGAUAAGUUUUGUAAUGAGCCUUUGUGGGUGAUAGCACAAAAGUUACGAUGUAGGCAUGGUGGCUC